AUGAUUCAGAUGAACGAUACAAGGGGCUUUUUGCCUACUCCAGAAAACUCACUUGGACCUUCACGGUCACGUGCGCAGCGCCAACCCCCUGGCCCGAUCUCAACGCGAUUCAACUACGAUGUUGAAGGUUUUCCCGGUGGGCCUAAUAUAACCGUCAAAGAAGACAACGGUUAUUUACGGCCCAUGAAUGAGAAUGACUUUAGGAAAAGUCCGAGCAGUGACGCAUCUACAGUGCACAAAGUCGAAGACCUUGGUUUCAGUGCAGCCGCCGGCACAUUAGACUUCGAAUCGAUGAAGGAAGAUGGUCUUCGCGCCCUGAAAGGGCUUCUAAGAGAGCGUGAGACCCUUUGUGAUAUCCCAAAUUCACCGAAGACUGCAUGGGUUGAAUCGACUCUUAGAGAAAUGUUUGAGAAGAGUUUGAAAGUCAGCAAACCGGCCGCUGGCGAGUACCUGCCUCUUGAUAUGUUUAGAAACAUAUUCAAUCCUGCAUCUAUAAUGCUACUUUUGGGAGAAAUAUUCUCGUCUGCCUUAGAAUCUGAGUUGUUGGACAAGUUCCAGGCUAUCGUGAGCCUAGAACGAAAGAAGACUCGAACGCGGAUUCUGGGCAUCCUUGUAUCUAUGGAGCGGCUCGGUCAUCUUGAGGAGUUCAUAAAUGGAGAUAUAUGGGAUAACGACUUACCGUUCAAGGAAUCAAGGGAAUCUACUCUGAAUCCCAAGUCCAGCAUACUUGAUGGAUGGAGCCGAAACGAUCGCCUGCUAUUCUAUGAGAACCAGAAGGUCUUCUUUGUUCCUUUUUUCGAUAUGCACGAGAACGGACUAUGCUCUUAUGAGCUCGACCGCGGGACAAGGCUUCCCUGGGUCUCUAUAGAGCCCAAGUCGAGUGGUGGCACUGGACUAGUUCACCAAGUUGAGAUUCACCCUAGUCAUCAUAACUUCUCAAAACCUGGGUCUACCGAAAAUCCAAAGUUUGCAUUGAAAGAGAUCGACGCGUCCGAGCAGCGUGCGUAUAGGAAAGAGCUCCACGCCCUGGAAAAAACAUGUGCACACGCACAAACGGAGAACCAUUUGAUCAAACUUCUGCUUACUUUUCAACAUGGUAAUACAUUCUAUCUGCUCUUUGAAUGGGCAGAUGGGAAUCUUCAACAGUUUUGGGACAAAUAUUCAUCCAUUGAACCUACCCCUUCAAAUGAGUUAUGGGCAGCUCAGCAAUGCCUUGGCCUAGCCCGAGCAGUCAGUCGUAUUCACGGGCUUAGUUCGUGGCAUGCGCGUAAGAGGAAAAGAAAGGGGUCAACCUCACUCGAAUUUCAGAAUGAAGACAAACAUGAAUGGGGAAGGCACGGAGACAUAAAGCCCGAGAAUAUACUGUGGUUCGAAGAACACGGGGAACUCCGGAGACACCUCGUGAUUUCCGACUUAGGGCUUGCGCGAUAUCAUACCGAAUUCUCAAAAUCGCUGGUUCCUCGAGCACUGAUUGACGGGAUAACGUGGGGUUAUCGGGCACCUGAGGUAGACUUCAGGGAACCGAUAUCCCAAAAAUACGAUAUUUUCUCACUGGGUUGCGUAUUCCUGGAGUUCUGCAUUUGGUAUUUGCGAGGGUUGCAGGAUGUAGAAGACUUUGGUCUCGAGCGAGAGGAUGAAGAUGAGCCUGAGUUUGAUGAUGUAAGAAAAGAUCAAUUCUUUUGCGUGAAAGGCGACAGCAACACCGUCCAAGAUGCAUGUUUGAAGGAAUGUGUACAAAAGCGAUUGUCUCAACUGAAAAAUGGAACAAAUUUUACGAAGGCAAUGGCUAGUGUGAUUGAGGAAAGAAUGCUCCGCUGCAAUCCAUUAGAACGAUCGAAGAUUGAUCUCAUUCGCGUCGAUCUCCAACACCUUGUUGCAGCACUGAAAAGAUCACCUAUUGAGCAAAGUUCGCAGGACUGGCCGCAAUUAUCUCCCAGUCCAAAUUUUUCUCCGCUGUCGGAUACGAACAACACAUUGCGGAGAUACUCUUCGCAUUUAACACUCGACAGCCGAGAAGAGACUUCAUCAGUCGAAGGACGCGACACCAACGGGGCCCGAUCAUCCCGGUCCGAGCAAGCACAGCCCGAGAACUAUGAGCAUGACGAUAGUCACAGCGACUACGAUGAUAUAUCGAUUGAGCCUAUAGCCACCGCUACAGAGCCAGCUAUAAAAGGCAAGUUGCUACAGGCGGAGGCUCAGGAAGUAUCGGUGACCCCAUCAUUACACUCCAUUGCCGAACCGCAGGCCACACAAAAAUAUGCAGAAGCUCCGAAUACACAAAAACAGUCGAUGGAUUUCGAAGGCAGCAAGACUGAACCAAACAGGCGAUCAACCACGACGAGGUUCAGGCAUGCUAGGACCAGGUCCAAGCAAUGGGUCCGAGAAACUUGGAGCGAUGUCAGGGGUGUUUGGAAGUGA